CCAUUUCUCAUCUUACCUUGAACCCAGACAUACUUUUUUCCAUAAUUUCAGCAAAAGCCCAUUUUAAAGGAAAAUGAAAACUUUUGUUUCACAUAGAUCGUAGCUUUUUCCAGUACAUAACUUGAUAUCUUAGAGCCCACCAAACCCCUUUUUCACAAAUUUUCCAUCGUUAAUAUGAACAACGCGGCACCAUCAGAACCGCCGCCGCCGCCGGUCGAGUUACCGGAGCUAAUACUAUCUCUAGAGCAAGCUACUUUCAUGGCUAAACAACUCCCAAUAACAACUGACCCAAACCAACAUCUCGAAAUUUACUCUUUUCUCCAUCAAGCUCACUGGAAGCUCUCCUCAUUUAUUUCCCGUCCUCCUCAACCGCUGUACGCUUCUGCCGCCGCCCCGGAGAAUUCUGUUUCCUCCGCCACCGGGGCUGACAUGGCGGGCGGUUAUGAUGGUGAUGAGCCUAUGCAAGUUGUUGAUGAUGACAACGAAGAGAAUUCAAAGACGAGUGUUGAUAAGGUGGAAGAGAAGAUGAGAGGUUGUUUUAUCAAGAACAAGAGAGCUAAGCGGCCGCUUUCUCCGUCAUCUGCGGCGGAGGAUCGGAGAAGAUUGGUUGAUGAUGAUGGGGAUGGUAGAGGGUUAAUAGACUUUGAUCCUCAUUGGACUAAAUUGAAAGCUUUGGAUCUCAUCUAUCAAUUUCAUGGCUGAACAGAAUUACUGACUAGCGACAUUUAAUUCUUUUAGACUUUAGAUGAUGUGUUAUAUUUUUUUAGAAUGAUUUGUAACAGCUGAAAAAUUUACGUAA